ACGGAGGUGGGUUUUUGCUUUGUAUUUCCUGGCCAGCAGAAGCCGGCGUUUCCUCCGUGAGAAAAAUGGCAGGAAGAAAGAUCAUUUUGUUUUAUUCUGUUGCUGUUUUGUUUAUUGCACUGGUGUCGGCUUAUGUGGAAGAGCUGGACGAUUCGUUUAAAGAUUCCAGAGUAGAUGACGUUUGGCUAGUAGAUUUUUAUGCACCAUGGUGUGGGCACUGCAAAAAACUGGAACCUGUAUGGUUUGAGGUCGCUGCUGAGAUGCGAAACUCUGGGUCACCUGUGCGAGUGGGCAAGAUGGAUGCCACUGCUUAUUCCAGUAUUGCCUCAGAAUUUGGAGUACGUGGUUAUCCAACAAUAAAAUUGUUAAAGGGAGACCUAGCAUACAAUUAUAGGGGUCCAAGAACCAAAGAAGACAUAAUUGAAUUUGCUAAUAGGGUGUCAGGACCUCUUGUUCGCACUCUUCCUAGUCAACAGAUGUUUGAACAUGUGCAAAAGAGACAUAAUGUGCUUUUCGUGUACAUCGGUGGAGAAUCACCUUUGAAGGAGAAGUACAUUGAAGUGGCAUCAGAGCUGAUUGUCUAUACAUAUUUCUUUUCUGCCGUUGAGGAAGUUAUGCCUGAGUACAUCACAUUGCAAGAGUUGCCUGCUGUGGUUGUCUUAAAGGAUGGGACAUAUUUUGUCUAUGAUGAAUAUGAAGAUGGGGAUCUCUCUACCUGGAUCAAUAAGGAAAGAUUCCAAGGAUACCUGCACAUUGAUGGUUAUACUUUGUAUGAACUUGGAGAAACAGGAAAGCUAGUGGCCAUUGCUGUUGUGGAUGACAAAAAACCCGCAGAGGAAAAUAUUAGAUUGAAAUCUCUCAUUCAGACUGUAUCAAAAGACUAUAGGAGCCAGUUCAGCAGAGAUUUCCAGUUUGGUCACAUGGAUGGAAGUGAAUACAUAAACAGCCUAAUAAUGGAUGAAUUGGAUGUCCCUACAGUUGUUGUGCUCAAUACAUCAAACCAGCAAUACUUUCUUUCUAGCAAGCCAGUUGAAAAUAUUGAGGACCUGGUUCAGUUUAUAAAUAAUGUUCUCGAUGGAACAGCUGAGGCACAAGGUGGAGAUGGAUUUUUUCAGCGCAUCAAACGAGUUCUUUAUGAUGCUAAAUCAACAGUGGUUUCUGUCUUCAAAAGCUCUCCAAUUCUUGGAUGCUUUCUUUUCGGCCUGCCUCUGGGUGUCAUCAGCAUCAUGUGUUACGGAAUUUGCACUGCCGAAUCCGAUGACAGUUCUGAAGAUGCUGAACUCUUGAAGAAAGACUCGAGGAAUUUGGAACUGACGGAUGAGGGCAGUGAAGAUGAGUUAGACAAUGGCAGCAAUGAACACCAGACAGAAAAUAUACCUGACCAUAGUGAGGAAGAGCUAGAGUAUGAAGAAAAGGAUUCUAUAGAAAAGAAAUCUGAUUAGCAAACUGACUGGUGUUUCCUUGCAUAUUUUUAUUUCCAUUUAAGGGGUAUAUUUGAAUCCACCCUUAACUAGAAUUAAGUUGUAAAAAUUCCACAACAGGUGUUUUAUACAGCUUUGCCAGUGUGAAGAUUUUGGCUUUCUAAAGCAGAAUAGAAGUGAAAACAUCAGAGUAAUUUACUGUAAAUGUAUACAAAUGUAUGUACUUCAUUGCAGCACUCUGAAUUUUUUUGCUGCCUUGUUUUAAGCUUUUAAGUUAAUCUGUAUACAGUAUGUAAAUACUAUUUGAGGAGCUCCUAUCUUAUAAAAUUUUUACCCUGUUUCCAUUGGUAUCUGUUUGUUCACUGGCAGUUAACCUAAUAAGCAGUUCUAUAAGAUACACCUUCUAAGUUUCCACUUUGUUAUAAAAUGCCUUUAAUUUUACUGCUGUUACAAUAGAAAUGGUUUGUGUGCUCACAAGAUGUCCUCCACACUUGUAAUGAUAAAUGCUCAUGAAUUAUUAACAAGUUUUCUUAUUUGUCAGUUUCUGAAAAACUUUAACAAUACUUUUAGUCAUAAAAGCACUAGUAUAUUCUAUUUAAAAUUAUUUUGUUACCCUCAUUGAGUGCCAGGAAAAUUCAAAUAGCUUUAUUGUGUAGAGUAAGAAACAUGUAAUUAUUCAUUUUAUUUUCAUUGUAGGUAAAUUGGAUUGUCCAAUGUGACAUUCUUGAUAUACGUAAUCAUCUGAAGUUAUCAGCUCUGAUGUUUCUUAUAAUAGCUGAAACGCAAUGAAGAAAUCUUCACCAUUGAUUACGGGCAUAGUGACGUUAUUUGAGGGAAUGUUCUGGGCUGUUGUGUAUGUUUGUGAUCAUGUGUCUGUUUUUAAAAACACAUCCAUGAUGAAGUUGUAUGUGUAUUUUUCUGUUUUUCAGCAAUAUAGCAUUCUGGGGUCCUUUAUGAAGCACACUAUUUCUUAGUUUCCUUGUCUUAUUUAUGAAUGUCACCAUUUACGAGGCUUGUAAUGACAAAUUUAAAUGUUGAGCAGGUUGAAACGUAAGCACACUGAUAAGCAACAGUAAGCAUUCAUUUUGUUUCACAGUCAUUGAAAAAUUUGAAAACUUGGUUAUGUCAGAUAUAUCGUUAAACAGUUGCAGUUCAGUUGGUGUUAUUAUGGAACUAACUAAAGCAUGCUUGAAGCAAAAAAAAAUUACAUAUUUUUUUAAUUAAAAACUAAAA